AUGACUAGGGAUCGGUCACAACUUUGGACGGCGACGAUGCUAUUACCUGAUGGCAAGGUAAGGAUCGAUGACCUAGAGCUUCAUCACGUUCUUGAUCUUUGUGCUGCUCCAGGUGCUAAACUUUGCAUGAUAUUAGAACUGCUUGGAAACUCAGGUUUCGUAACCGGUGCCGAUAUGGCAAGACACCGAUUAGCCGCUUGUAGAACUCUGGUCCAGAAAUACUUACAUGUUGAAUCAAGACCCGGAACUGAUAUUUAUGGGCGGCAUUUUAGGGUUGUUGGGUUGAGUAAAACCGAUUUGUUUAAAAUUGUUUCAACUCCUGAGAUCUCACUAUACGAUUAUGAUAAGUGCAUUGGUGAAGUUUGUUAAUAAAGAUGUGGAUGGUGGUAUAACUGGUCUUCACAUGGCGGCAUUAAAUGGGUAUGCUGAUUGUGUACAGCUGCUUCUCGAUCUGCAUGCAGAUACAUCAGUUCUCACGUUCCAUUAUGGAACUUCAAUGGAUUUGAUAGGUAUGUCGGUUGUUCGAAUAUCACGUUCCAUUAUGGAACAUCAAUGGAUUUGAUAGGUACGUCGGUCGUUCGAGAUCCAAAUAAUAAUGUUUGUCACUAGACGUUAUCAUUCAACCGAUUUACAUAUUAAUGGGUCAAUUUGGAUCUUGGUUUUAAA